ACAGGAGGAGCCUAGAGCAGGGGGGAGGGGACAGGUGGAUAAUAGCAACGCCUUCUGCUGACUCUCUGUUCCCGGCUGUGUGAUUGGCUGCUGGGGCUGCAUUUGCCUUUUUGCUUUCCAUCAGAGCAGAUUGAGACAGAGAGAAAGGAGAGUGGAUGUUGUCCUGGGUGAAAAAGCCAGUCGCUCGCUGGUAUAACGGGACCAGGGAGAGGAGAGGCAGCUGAUCGUGGGACGGACUGUACCAACAGCAGAACAGCAAGCUUUCCCGUUACUUGGUCCAGUCACACUCCUCGCAAUAAGCAGCAGUAGUGUCAGUGACGGUCAGUAAGAGUAUCCCGGCUUCUGACCUUCACCUCAGGAUCAGCAGAAUUGCCAUUGGAGACUUUUGCUGGAGACAAUAGGGAUGAGAGAACUGCUGGCCGUGGUGGAAAGAUGAUGGGGGAUAAAAGGAUGGCAAACAAUGUACCAGAGGAUGAAGCUUCAUUGCAACUAAAGACACUUUUCUAUUGAUCAACACUGCCCCUCCAAAUAGGCAGGUCUAUGGGGCAUAGCAAGUGGGGGAAACAGAAUGCCAUUACCUUUGGAUUCAGGGAGUCAUUGCUCAUAAUGAAUUGACUAUAAGAUUCACAAGAGUAUAUGUAUGGAAGCUAAGAACACAAUACACUUUUAAAGGGGGGGAAAUGACAAUUGUUUUUGUUUCUCUACGUUAACAAAAUACAGCAGGAUUAUGCUGUGCUGCUCUGAAUAUAUAGUUAGUUGAUUUCACAUUCAUUUGUCUUUUAUUCAUUGCACUAGAAAUAUUUGCUGAUCAUGGCUUUAGAAAGCCACAAUGCACAGGCUUUAAUUGCCACAUAUCAACCUGACUGCAACGACCAUGAAGAAAAAGAGGGACCCAGAGAAAAUGUGGAGAGCUACAGGUCUCUGAGUCUGCCAGUCUUAAAUGGGGGUUGUAGAACUGCUUGUCAAGGGUUUGAAGGGAAAGUGGUGGACAUGACGCAAACAAACUUGACUCGGGAUAAGAAAAGAUUUCUGCACAGCUUUCAAGGAAAUAUUGAUGCUCAAAGGAGACUUUCUAGUGAGAUACCAUCUCCGAGUCAUGCACCUUCUGGCAGGACAGCCAUUUCUUUUCAAACCACUAACUUUUUGGCAUCAGGAAACCCAGAAAGGAUAGAAUCAAAUAGUAAUGGAAGCAAACAGAAAGGGCUCUCACAGUCUUCAACAGCCUCCUCCAUAAGAAGCAGGAAGAGAGUUUUUAUUGCACUGACAGACUCCCGGUGUUUUCUGGUAUGCAUGAGCUUUCUAACUUUCAUCCAGUCCUUAAUGGUCUCUGGUUAUUUAAGCAGUGUAAUCACCACCAUUGAAAGAAGGUAUAGUUUAAAGAGCUCUGAAUCUGGACUCUUGGUUAGCUGCUUUGAUAUCGGCAGUCUUUUGGUGGUGGUGUUUAUUAGCUACUUUGGUGGCAAAGGGCGUAGGCCGCGAUGGCUGGCAAUAGGAGGCCUGCUCAUUGCUCUCGGAGCGGCUCUUUUUUCUUUACCUCACUUUAUUUCACCGCCGUAUCAAAUUCAAGAGCUGAAUGCUUCAGUCUCAAAUGAAGGAUUGUGUAUGAAUGGCAACACUACAGCCAAAGAUUCGUCAUCAUUGUGCCCUAGCGAUUCAGGUGGGAAAGAUCACUCCCUUUAUGUAGCUUUGUUCAUCUGUGCCCAAAUACUGAUUGGCAUGGGAUCUACGCCUAUUUACACCCUGGGACCAACUUACUUAGACGAUAAUGUCAAGAAGGACAAUGCAUCAUUGUAUCUAGCAAUCAUGUACGUCAUGGGUGCGCUUGGCCCUGCUGCAGGGUACUUACUGGGUGGAGUCCUCAUUGGAUUUUACGUAGAUCCCAGAACCACUGUCAACAUUGAGCAGAGCGAUCCUCGUUUCAUUGGGAACUGGUGGAGCGGAUUUCUGCUUUGCUCCAUGGCCAUGCUACUUGUCAUAUUCCCAAUGUUUACUUUUCCAAAAAAGCUUCCACCUCGACAGAGAAAGAAGAAGAAGAAGAAAGGAAACUCGUAUGACGUUUCCAACGAGGAUGAUGUCUUGAAAGAGAAGUCGAGCAACAAAACGAAAGCAGAUGCCGAUCCCGGCCCGUCUAUUGGCUUUGGGAAGAAUUUUAAAGACCUCCCAAGAGCAGCAGUCAGAAUUUUAAGCAACAUGACAUUCCUUUUUGUGAGUUUGUCAUACACAGCUGAGAGUGCCAUUGUCACCGCUUUUAUUACCUUCAUUCCCAAGUUCAUCGAGUCACAGUUUGGCAUCCCAGCUUCUAGUGCCAGCAUCUACACUGGCCUGAUCAUUGUGCCAAGUGCAGGGGUUGGCAUUGUACUGGGUGGUUACAUCAUUAAGAAGCUGAAGCUUGGAGCAAGAGAGUCUGCAAAGCUGGCGAUGAUCUGCUGUGGUGUCUCCCUGCUCUGCUUUUCCACCUUGUUUAUUGUAGGAUGUGAUAGUAUUAAUCUCGGGGGUAUUAACAUACCUUACACCACUGGACCCACACUAACCAUGACACACAGGAAUUUAACUGGUGGAUGCAACGUCAACUGCGGCUGUAAAAUUCAUGAAUAUGAGCCAGUCUGUGGUUCAGAUGGAAUAACGUAUUUCAAUCCCUGCCUUGCCGGUUGCAUCAGUGUGGGAAAUCAUAGUCUAGUGGUAAGAAAUUAUACGGAAUGUGGCUGUGUCCAAAGUCGCCAGGUAAUCUCUCCUCCAACUGUGGGACAACGUAGUCAACUGCGAGUAGUCAUUGUGAAAACAUAUCUGAACGAAAAUGGCUACGCCGUGUCCGGGAAGUGCGACCGAACAUGCAAUACUCUCAUUCCUUUCCUUAUCUUUCUUUUCAUCGUUACACUCAUCACUGCUUGUGCGCAACCCUCAGCAAUCAUAGUGACACUCAGGUCAGUGGAAGAAGGAGAGAGGCCUUUCGCAUUAGGAAUGCAGUUUGUUUUGCUAAGGACUCUGGCUUAUAUUCCCACUCCCAUUUACUUUGGCGCAGUUAUUGACACGACGUGCAUGCUCUGGCAGCAGGAUUGCGGCGUGCAGGGAUCUUGCUGGGAGUACAACGUGACAUCAUUUCGCUUUGUUUAUUUUGGAUUGGCAGCUGGUCUGAAAUUCGUAGGAUUCAUUUUUAUAUUUCUGGCCUGGUAUUCCAUAAAACACAAAGAGGAUCAAUUGCAGAGGAGAAUGUGGAGAGCGUCGCCAAUAAGCACAGUCAGCGAGACGGUCGGUAAUGCGACCGCUGAACAGAGUUAUGCACGGACAAGGUCCUGUCCUGCCUUUGGUGCUAGGGAAGAACCCAAUGAAGAUAUAGACCUCAACCGAGGAAUCCAACACACAGCACAAACCUACACUGGACCUUUCCUAGAAGCAAUAAAUUCCUCCUUUGAAAACUCUCAAGAAGAAACCCCAGCUGAAACCUAGAGCAGACAAUCGGUUUCACGGACCUCUCAGUUCCUUAGUUGAGUUCAAUGUGGCGCCUUGUGGAACACACGUGCCUUCUUUUUGAACUAAAAAGGAGAAAUCACAACGCAUUUUAAUGAGUAGCUACAGGGUGAUUGAGGGCUGGUUACCUCAACAGUUCUUAUAGCCUCCUAAAUAAGUGGAGUUUUUAAUUUUUAGUAGUAUUUUCAUCUGUCCUUCUACCCUACGUGAUAGAUUUACAAACAUGCUCAGGGCUGAAAUUCAGCAAGGCCUCAGCUGAUGUGUCUUCACUUAUCUGAAACUUAGCAAGCUUUCAGCUGAUAGGUGUCUUCACUUAGCUGAAAUUUAGCAACCCCUCAGCUGAUAGGUGUCUUCACUUGGCUGAAACUUAACAAGCUCUCAGCUGACAGGAAUCUACAACUUGGCUUAAAUUUAGCAAGCCGUCAGCUGAUAGGUGCCUUUACUCGUCUGAAAUUUAGCAAUCCCUCAGCUGAUAGGUGUCUUCACUUAGUUGAAAGUUUGCAAGCUCUCAGCUGAUAGGUGUCAUCAACUUGGCUGAAAUUUAGCAAGCUCUCAGCUGAUAGGUGUCACCAACUUGGCUGAAACUUAGCAAGCCCUCAGCUGAUAGGUGCCUUUACUCGGCUGAAAUUAGCAACCCCUCAGCUGGUAGGUGCCUUCACUCAGCUGAAAUUUAGCAUGCCCUCAGCUGAUAGGUAUUGACAGCUUGGCUGAAGUUUAGCAAGCUCUCAGCUGGUAGGUGUCUACAACUUGGCUGAAACUUAGCAAGCCCUCAGCUGACUCAGGUGUCUACAAACAAUGCAUCUGAACUUUACUGUGAGGUAUGCUUUAAAGCACAACUAAAUUAACCUAAACUAUGCAACUACAUUUGGAAAAUCACAUUUCGAACAUGUUAAAUACAUAGCAUAGGAAGAGAUCAAACAUAUAUCACGGAAAAAAACUCAUAUAGAAGCUGUAAUUCAGGUUUACUUUUCUACAAGACUUCUAUAAUGCAUAACUUAAUAUACACAAAGCAUGUAAAAUGUUUGCUCUCUUAUAAUCCUAGGCAUUAGCUGAAAGUGGCCUGAUAUAUCCCAAGAAUGUCCUUAGGAUAUAUCUUCUCUGAGAUUCAGUACAAAAUUCAUGGCUUACAGAAACCCCUGUUUCAUACCUUUAUUUAUGUACGAGUCAUUUUGAUAUCUAUUCAGCCACACUGAGCUAUAAGUGUAUUUUCAAGCAUCAAAUAUCAAUUUGUGUAGCCCUUAUAGAACAGAAGCUUUGGAGAUCACCUUAGGUAAAGGGUAUACAUCAGUAAAGUGUAAUGCAAAUGGCAGCAACAGGAAACCUGUUAAUGAACCGUUAAGGAUUGGUGCCCACCUGACCCUAAGCGGAGAUUGCUGAGCACAUAAUACAUUAAUAUAUCAAUUCACUCACAUAGGGGUAGAUUUACUAAGCAGCGAAAAUUUGCCAGCGAUGGCUUCGCAGCCAUCGCAACACUCUGCCAUGCAUAAAUUCACUCAGACGCUAAUUUACUAAGAUGAAAAGUUGUCUCGGGCGCCGAACGCUGGCGAAUUUUCGCUAGCGUUACUUUAGCAAUCAAAGCAGAGAUGCGAUAGUGUUCAAUUCUGCCUAGCGCAACUUCGUUAGAG